CUUAGCAACGCUUGGCUCCCUGGGAGUGGUGGCGGUUGUUUCAACAUGGCGGCAGCAGCAACAAAAAGUGGAAAUUCGGGGAUCUUUUGGAUGAAUGGCGUGUCAGAUGAGGAGCAGCCUUUGGUGUUUGUGGCUGGAGUGGAAGGAGAGGUGAAGACUCGGACCCCUUUUAAUCUGGGACCAGGCAGCACAAGUACAUCCAGUAAAAGAGGUACCAAGAUGCGAGCCAGGCGAAGCUCUGACAACAAGAGCGAGACCACACUUAAGAAAGGAGGCAGGAAACAGGGAUACUUACAAAGUGAGCGCUCUGGGGUUUUUACCAAGGAAAAAGAGCCAGUGCAUCACAGUGCUACUGUAGCUACAGAGCAGCACAUCCUCUCUCCAGACACUGGUACUUUUCACUCAUCAACACAGGUAAUCUCAGAGACCAGCAGAGCUAGGAGCCUGGUCUGUUUGAAGGACCUCUGUCCUGAAGAUAAGCGCCGGAUUGCAAACCUCAUUGAAGAACUAGCCAGAGUGAGCGAGGAGAAAGAAGAGUCAGUGCAACGUCUGAAAGAUGAACAGGAAUGUUUCGAGCGCAAGAUCCAUCAGCUGGAGCAACAGAACCUGGUCAUAGCAGAGGAGAGAGAGAGCCUGCAGCAGCAGUACAGAGAGUGCCAGGAGCUGCUUGGCCUCUACCAACAAUACCUUUCUCAGCAACAGGCGAAACUUAACCAGUCAAUUGCCCAGCUCAGCCAGGCACCAGCUCACAGCAAGGUGCUCAGUAGUGAGGAAGCCCCCAGCAGAACAUCUACUAGCAGAGCUAAUGGCUCACUCUUUGAUGGCUCAUACCUCAGCCUUGCUGCUACUCACGCACAGCAGCCUCAAGUGCACAAGAGAGGUGGUGGAGGAAAAGCAGCAGUGCAAACCCUUUGCAACCCUGCCUCUCUGUCCUGUGUUAGUGAGUUCAGUCCAACUGAUGGACCGAUCAAACAGCAUAGGAGUCAGAAAAGAGAGUGCUGGGAACCGCACUCUCAGUCCCCCCACAGAUGUGAGCAUUCUCGAGGCAGUGCUCAAGAAAGUGGCUAUGGAACAGAGCAACGGAGAAGUAAUGACUCUUGUCUAGAGAAUGGCCACCAUAACACUUUUAACCAACAGGAGUGCGAAAGGCUUCAGAGUGGGAAUGCGAUUGGCUCAGAGGCCAAGGAAGCCCUGACCAGGCCUCUGCUGGGUCAUGAGGACUGGGAACAGAAGAGGCACCAGCUGCUACUUCAGAAGAUGCAGUUGGAGAUGGAGAGAGAGAGGCUGCAUGCACGGCUGGCUGAGCAGGAGGACAGACUCAACAGACAGAAUCAGCAGCUACAUCAGUCGCGUCUUGAUUACAGCAGUCUCUUUUUCUUCUCCUAUAUUCUUGUUAGAUUUCAACAAGCUACUCAGUCUGAUUUCAGCAGGUCAAACACUGGAAAUGGAGAUCCACAGCUGGAAGGUCCCUCCCACCAAGAAUUACCCUCCAGUGUGCGUGAAGAUGCAGAGGGACAUCCUACAGGACAGAGUUUGCAUGAAAAACAAUCUGUACCUGCUCCUCUGGGCAAUGGUAAUGCAGAGGCCUUAGAGCGGUCCAGAAAGGACAUGGCCACAUCUCCUGCUAAGUCCCCUGCAAGCCAGAGUAGGCCCACCUCGAUGCCUAUGAUCCCAAAGACCCCUGAGGCCAGGUUGGACUUUUCUGUGGUUGAGUUAUUGGAUAUCUUUACUCCCAUUUCUGCACCUGAGCUAAGCAAACCGUCUACUCGAAGAUCCAAAACCUCGCAACGCAGGCCGACCCUCACUGCCCCUAAAUCGGUGGGCAGAACCCUGCUUACCCCCGCUGUGCCUUAUACUCAGCAUACCCAGCUAGACCUGGAAGAAAGCCAAAUACUGGAGGAUAUUUUCUUCAUUUGCUGACAAAGAAGAAAAUUGUCAGCGAAAAGGGAAAAGAAAAAUCCAGUCAUUUGAUAUUCAUCUGUUUGAUCUAGACUUUUUUGUUCUUACAUUUAAUUUUCAAUUGACAUUCUAAAUCAGAAUGAUCAUGAUGUUGUGGAUUGUACUAUUGGUUUGUGGUUUUAAUACAAAUAAACAAAUAUUUAUUCAGAA